GAGAAGCGGGCCCAAGUUAUUCGAGGUGUGCCGAUGGCGGCACUGCCGGUGACGGCCUCACCGGAGGACGUCUGUGCUCGCGCGAUCGCGCUGCAUUCUACGCGCUACAUCCUCGCGCCGGGCGAGGCGUGGAAUGUCCUUCCGGACCCUCCGGCGGGCGCCCACACCUGGGUCUUUGCUCGUGGACGCGCCGUCCUUCUGCUGGGCCCAGCGGAUCACCCGGUGAACCCGAUCCUGACGCUCGGCGCUGGGGGCGGAGUUCCGCUUCUUCCCGAGCCGUUGCCGGUGAAGUUCGGGGCUCGCGUGGUGGCUGUGACGGCGGUCGAG